AUGGCAGAGAAGCAGGAGGAGCCCAGCAAUGCCCAGAACGGGGAGCCCGACAACGCCGAGGAGGGCGAGGGGAAGAAGAAGAAGGUGAAGAGGGAGGACCUGCCACCCUUUGAGAUUGUCACAGGGGAACGUCUCCCAGCCAUCUUCUUCAAAUUCCAGUUCAGGAACGUGGAGUACAGCUCGGGCAGGAACAAAACCUUCCUGUGCUACGUGGUGGAGACGCAGGGCAAGGAGCCGGUGACCAGCCGGGGCUACCUGGAGGACGAGCACGCGGCCGCCCACGCCGAGAUGGCGUUCUUCAACACCAUCCUGCCCACGUGCCAGCCCGCUGCCCGCCACGACGUCACCUGGUACGUGUCCUCCAGCCCCUGCGUCACCUGCGCCCAGAGGAUCUGCGAGGCCCUGCGCAAGAACAAGGGGCUGCGCCUCACCAUCAUGGUGGGCAGGCUCUUCAUGUGGGAGGAGCCCGAGAUGCAGGCGGCCCUCAGGAGCAUGAAGGAGGCAGGCUGCAAGCUGAGGAUUAUGAAGCCUCAAGACUUUGAGUAUGUCUGGAAGAACUUUGUGGAGCAGGAGGAAGGGGAGGAGGCCAAGUCCUUUGUGCCCUGGGAGGAUAUUCAGGAGAAUUUUCAGUACUACGAGGAGAAGCUGGCGGAGAUUUUGCACUGA